UAACAUAACGGUACGACUUAAAUUAAUACAAAACCCAGUUCAUUUUGAAUGAUGCUUAAUCAAAUAAUUUUUAUUGAUCAAUGUGAAACACACAAUAAACCGACAACCCUACGGUAUCACACAUCAUAGUGAAGUUAUCUGAAAGUAAAAUAAUCAAUAAAAAUCAAUUAAGUACAUUGCGUAGGUACACAAUAAUAUACACGUCGUACUUUAUUUGCAUACAAAUUAGGUGAACUCCACCAGUUCUCUUGAUAUAAAAGCAAUUGUUUCUUAAAACACUUCGAGGUUGGACAAUAUUUAUGGAUCUGGGUGGAGAAGAUACUGGUGUGGCAGAAAUGGGACCGUCGGACAGAAAAUCUGAAACAUCACGUCUGGUGGCUCCAAAUACUGAAACCUCGCCAAGUUAUUUGAAUAUUUUGUCAAAUAUAUGCGGUCUGGUAUUCCUGGGCAUCAUUUUAUAUUGUUGUUUUAAAGACGAUGUGACGCUGUUUUCGUUCCAUCCAACUUUAAUGACACUUGGGUGGAUGUUAUUCAUGACAUCGGCAAUGCAUGCUCUUACUCCUGGUGAUCUUGCGACAGGCUGGAUGCCUAUACGACUAAAGAGUGCUCGUCAUUGGAUUCUUCAAGUCAUAGCUGGUACUAUAAUAUUAACUGGAUUCAUUGUAAUUGUAACUAACAAAUUUAUUAACAGUGCUUAUCACUUUACCAGUUAUCAUGGUAAAUUUGGAUUGGCAUCAUUCAUUUUCCUCUUGAUGACCAUGUUGGGAGGUUUAGGUGCUCUUAAUAGUUUGAAAUUAAAACAUUACCUGCCCCCAAUAUACACAAAAUUGAUCCAUACAUCAGCUGGUCUACUGACAUUCUGUUUAGGGGUAACCACUAUUUUACUGGGCUUCUUCUCGAAUUGGUGGAAGAAGGAUAAUCCACAGUGGUUGACAAUUCUCUGCUUUGUUUUGGUGCUAAUGAGUAUGAUAGCAACAACAUUGAGGCCCAUUUUAAAAAUAUACAUUCGUCUACGGGAACGGUUAGACAUCCAAAAUUAAAUUUGCCAAAACAAAUUUCAUUUAUAUUUUUGUAUAUGCAUUAUAUAAAUGGCAGUGGUAUGUGAUAUUUUGUUAUUUUGUUAAACAUGUUGCAAAAACUAGCACAACUUAUUUUUACUUGCCUUAUGUUUGUUCAUAGACUUGUUACUAUUCUUUUGUUGUGUGUUUUGUUACAUACAAUAAGUUUAAUAUUGUUAUAUCUUUAUGGUGCAUGCUUUACGUUAUAUGCGUUUAUAAUAACUGUUUAACUUGUCAAGUACCGUCAUUAUAGACACAAUUAUAGAACAAUAGGUUGCGGUCACCGGUGACCGCUUCGUGUUUGACAGUUUAAACAAAUUUAUCAGUUUAAGAAAAAUAAUGAAUGGCUAUCUUGUAUCAACACUUGGUGUAUGGUAGAUAAUAAUAUACAAUAUGAGAUGAAACAAUAAUUUUAAUAGUUAUAUUUACUCUUGUUAAAUGAAUUUAAUUAAGAUGAUUUUAAUUUUAUUUUAUAACUCUUGUACUUAUUAAUUUUUCGAAUGUAUUGUUUACACCUAUCCUAUUUACAAUUUUAAUGAUGUAGGAUAAUAAUUUUGUACAAUAUUUUAAAGAAUGAACUUACAGGAUGUCAAACCUUAUUUAGAUGUCCUGUAAAUAUACUUUUUCUGAAUAUACCUUUGUAUUUACAAUUGAAUAUUUAUAUAACUUGUAAGCCAUCAAUAAUGUUAUGCUUUCUAUGUCUAAUGGGCACAAAUAUUUUAUUGUGAAUGAAUGUUGUAAGUGUAAUAAUAUUGUAGUUCAUUAGGUAUGUGUGUCCGAUGUAUGCUUAAAGUUCUCUAAAUAACAAACUUAUCUUGUUACAGAAUGAUUGCAAUAUUGUAAAAUUACUUAUUAAUGGCUCUAACUACGCAUAGCUUUAGUUAUAAUAUCAUUUUCUAAAUGCCUCUGUAGCCAUGACGUUUAAAGAGAUUCAAGCAUAUGUGUUAGGAGCACAGGAAAAGCCAAAGGCAGCCUAAGUAUGUCCUGAGAGGCUAAGAGACUGAAAGUUCUGAGCUUAGGAAGUCACAAAGAACGAUUCAAUGAUUUUUAGAGAAAGACACUUGAAAUGAUGAGAUCUGAUUUUUUAAUUAUACCUACUUCUUACUUGAUACAACUAUGUCUUCAUUAGUAAUGUAGACAGAAACAUUUGUGCCAAAUAAUGAUCUCUAGAUGUGAUGUUGUCCUAAAAUAUAAUGGAUUAUUUUUUGUAAUUACAACAAGUUAAAAAAUAUUUAUUAUAGAAAUGUGUAGAAUGUUUUCUGCUUAAUGUUCAUAUCAAAUAUCAAUGCAUAAUUGUCUAAAAUAUGUAUACUUAUAUAUAAUAAACAAUUUGAAGUAGCAAAUUAUAAAGUUGUAUUU